AUGAAGAGGACAUUUCAAUAUCAAGACAAUCUUCCAAAGUUACCCAUACCUCCUUUGGAAGAUACUUUACGAAGAUUCUUGUCUGCCGUCAAGCCUCUUCAGAGAGAAAAGGAUCAUUUGCAAACUAUCACUGCUGUGGAACAAUUCCUUCAAAAUGAAGGUCCAAAGCUUCAAGAAAAACUUCAAAGUUAUGCUACUGAUAAGUCUAGCUAUAUAGAAGAAUUUUGGUAUGACUCUUACCUCAACUAUAGCGAUCCUGUGGUCCUUAACUUGAAUCCAUUCUUUGUUUUGGCGGAUGAUCUUAAUUCUGCAAAAAACAACCAAGUUUCUCGUGCCGCUUCAUUGAUACACUCAUCUCUGAAUUUCAUCCAUGCAUUAAGAACUGAAAAAUUGGAACCUGAUAUGUUUAGAGGAAAGCCUCUUGACAUGUCACAGUUUCAACGUAUGUUUGGAACUGCUCGUUUACCAACAGAAAAUGGUUGUAUAAUGAAUACUGACAACGAAUCUAGGCAUAUUGUUGUUUUAUGUCGUGGUCAAUUUUAUUGGUUUGAUGUUUUAAAUGAGAAUAAUGAAGUUGGAAUUACUGAAAAAGAAAUAAUUGCUAAUCUAAAAACAAUAAAACAAGAUGCUCAUGAAAUACCGACUGUCGAAGUAGCGAAACAAGCUGUAGGAAUUCUUUCUACUGAAAAUCGUAAAAUUUGGGCUGAUCUUAGAAUUAUGUUAGAAAAAUCUUCAGAAAAUAAAGAUUUUUUAAAAGUUCUUGAUUCGGCAUUAUUCGUUGUCUGUUUGGAUGAAGUAUCUCCUAAAACUGGUGAUGAGCUAGCAACCAACAUGCUUUGCGGAACAUAUGAUAUACAAGAAGGUGUACAAGUUGGUACCUGUGCUAAUCGGUGGUACGAUAAAUUACAAAUAAUUGUAUGUGAAAAUGGUUCAGCUGGCGUAAAUUUUGAACAUACAGGUGUUGAUGGCCAUACUGUUUUACGUUUCGUUUCUGAUAUUUAUACCGAUACAUUAUUUCGCUUUGCAUCAACUAUUAGUCCUCAUAAUUCAAUAUUUCCUGGAAGUUUGCAAGGCAAACCCAAGCAUUCAAAUGGUAUCAGUCAUAUUGAUUCCAUGCCAAAAAAACUUGAAUGGAUAUUAACUCCUGAAGUUCGCGCUGGAAUUAGAUUUGCUGAAACAAGAUUAAGUGAUCUUAUUCUGCAAAAUGAAGUUCAAGUUCUUGAGUUUGAUAAUUAUGGAAAAAGUUUUAUUACAAGUUGUAAUAUGAGUCCAGAUGCAUUUGUACAAUCAUUCCUCCAUGGUCGUACAGAAGCGAUUCGUUCCGUGACAACUGAAUGUGUUGAUUUUGUUAAAUUUUGGUGGACUGAUUCACCAUAUACCGAAAAACUUAAACUUCUCCGAAAAGCACUUAAUGCCCAUGUGAAUUUGACAAAGAUGUGUGCACAGGGUUUGGGUCAAGAUAGACAUUUAUAUGCACUGCAAUGUGUUUGGCAAAGAGAAGCUGGUAGAAGCUCUGAUUGUGAAGAAAAAAUGCCUGCAAUAUUUAACGAUUCUGGUUGGCAAACAUUGAAUCACACCGUUCUUAGUACAAGUAAUUGUGGGAAUCCUGCAUUAAGAUUUUUCGGUUUUGGUCCCGUAGUUUCUGAUGGAUUCGGUGUUGGUUAUAUUAUCAAGGAUGAUGGAAUUGCUUUUUGUGCUUCUUCUAAACAUAGACAAACGCGUCGUUUCCUUCAAACUUUGGAAAAUUAUCUUAAUGAUAUACAUUUACUACUCCGAUCUGAAAGACGUAUACCUGGAAUUGUUAAUACUAAACAUGAAAGACGCACUAGUUUGCUUUCAGGGUAUGGUUACUUUGAUGCUGGUGGUAUUGAUCAACUACUUGAACUUCGAUUAGAAGAAAGGAGAGGAGGUAUGAAACCAGUUGGAAAGGCAUUAAAAUUAGUAGAUUAUUAA